AAAAGGAAAAGGGCUGGAAAACAAAUCUCAACGUUCCUCAAGGCCAAAUUGGAGUCGGGUGAGUUGAAUUCUAUGUGGGAAUCGGAACAAGAAAUCAGUGUGUUUGAAGUAGAGCAAGGAAGGUGAAGAUGAGGAGCAGAACACAGUUCAGUGACAUUCCGGAAGUGAUAAUUAGCAUCAUAUUUGGCCUUGUGAAGGAGAUCAGGACAAGGAACCGAAUGGCCCUGGUUUGCAAGAAAUGGCGGGAGCUGGAGCGGGCAACGCGAUUGGAGCUCUGCGUGCGGGGCAACAUAAGCAAUUUGUACUAUGUGCCAUCCUGUUUCCAGGGCGUGACUACUCUGGACCUGUCUCAGGUUUCGCCAUGGGGUUACCCGGUCCUGGACGCCUCGUCCUCGCAUACCCAAAUGAUUGGGUAUAUCCUUAAGCAGGCCUUUCCCAGCGUGCAGAACAUCACAAUCUACGCCCGCAACGCUCGAAAUAUUGACAUGUUGCCGCGGCUCUGGCCGGACAUCCGCCAUGUCAAGCUGGUGAGAUGGCACCAGCCCGCCAAUGACCCAGAGGCUCCUUAUGGAGAGCUGCUGCCACUCCUGGUCGAGUGCAAACAGCUUCAAACCUUAGACCUCUCUCAGUUCUAUUGCUGGACCGAGGUUGUCGCCUCUGCCUUGCUCUAUGCCUCCUCUUUCUCUGCCAAUCUCUCAUCUCUCAAUUUGCUCACGCUUUCUACAGACGGUUUCAAGGCCGCCGAGCUCACUGCCAUUUCAGAAGCCUGCAGAAACCUCCAAGAGCUGUACGCUGUCUGUCUCUUUGAUUCGCGGUAUAUUUUGGAAUGUGUUGGUGAUGAGGCACUUGUUACCGUGGCUAAAAACUGCACUAGAAUUAGAGUACUUCAUCUUGUGGAUAAAGCUGCAUUUGGAGAUCUUAGAGGGGACCCUGAAGAAGAAUUUAGUAGCGAGGAUGCUAAAAUCAGCCGCCAGGGUUUGGAGGAAAUGUUUAGGAGUCUGCCAAGUUUGGAGGACCUUGUACUGGAUGUUUCACAGAAUGUAUGGGACUCAGGGCCUGCCUUAGAGUUUUUGGGGCUACAGUGCAAGAAAAUUCGGGCUUUGAAGCUGGGUCACUUUCAUGGGGUGUGCAAAGGACCUCGGCCUGAUGGGAUUGCCAUGUGCUCAAACCUGGAGAGGCUUUGUAUCAAGAAUUGUGCAGAUUUGUGUGAUGUGGGACUUGAGGCCAUUGCAACCGGGUGUUUUAGAUUGGGUAAAUUGAAGUUGCAAGGUUGUAAGCAGAUUACUGAAUAUGGUGUCAAAUUUUGUUCAAGCAAGCUCAGAAAGACUCUGGUAGAUGUCAGUGUUUCUUGCUGUAAGCAUCUUGAUACUGCUGCCACUUUAAGAGCAUUGGAGCCCAUUAGAGAUAGAGUAAGGAAGUUGCAUAUUGAUUGCAUUUGGGAUAAGUCAAUAAUUGAACAAGCAUCCAAUGACAAGAGCUUGGAGAGAUUGGAAUUUGUUGGAGUUGGCAGUAGUUGUUCUUCAAGCAAUCAACUGCUGUAUUCCCGUGAGAAUCAGAGCCCCAAGUGCACUAGUUGGGAGCCAUCUUUAGAACUGGGGCUGCCUGACUUAAACCAUGCAGAUUUGGAUGCUGAUUCAGUUAUUCUGGACACAACAAUGGAAAAUGACAGUCUAGACCUUAAUGCAAGCUUGUAUUGUGAACAUUCGGGAAGUCACUCCUGCAUUUAUUUGGAGCAUGGUAAACAUAUCUCUAUGGGGCAGAAAGAAAAUGUGUCAAGGUAUGUGGUAUCUAAUGUUGCAGACUCUAGAGCUAUGGAUGUUGACAUGAAAGCAAGUGAGGUUGAGCAUGAUGUUAGUUCUGAUCCUGAUUUUGUAUCAUCAAUGGGGUUUAUGGACUUUUUGGGAGUAAAUAAAAAGCAUCAAGAUUUGCAGAUGCUUGAAGAUGUCAGUGAUGAAAGGUUAGAGCUAACUGAAGGUGGGUGUCAAAUGUGGAGUACAACAGGUGUAUCUAGUAUAAGAACCUCAUUGGAAAAUAUGGAAUUUGAGUGGCCAAAUAAAAGAAAAUGCAUCAAUGGCUUAACAGUUACUGAACACUGUGCAGGAAUGUAUGAGCAAAAGCGUUUGUGUCAUAGGAGGGAUCAAAGAAGGUGUUCAACCUGGACAAGUUUGAAGUCAUUGUCAUUGUGGAUGCCUGUUGGUGAGAUGCUUACGCCUCUUGCAGAAAUGGGUCUAGAACAGUGCCCAAUGCUUGAGGAGAUAAAAAUCCAGGUGGAGGGGGAUUGUAGGCUCUGCCCAAAACCAAGAGAGCAAGCCUGUGGUUUAAGUUCGUUGGCAUGCUAUCCCUCUUUGUCAAAGCUGGAAUUGGAUUGUGGUGAGGUAAUAGGUUUUGCAUUGAGUGCUCCAGCAGGCCAGAUGGACUUGAGUCUGUGGGAAAGGUGGUAUCUCAAUGGUCUUAGAGGGCUGCAUUUGUCACAAUUGAAUUACUGGCCUCCACAAGAUAAGGAUAUGAAUAGGAGAGGUCUUUCGCUACCUGCUGCAGGACUUCUUUCAGAGUGUGUAACUCUCAGGAAACUUUUUGUCCAUGGAACAGCCCAUGAACAUUUCAUGAUGAUGUUUCUCCGCAUCCCAAAUCUAAGAGAUGUACAACUGAGGGAGGACUAUUAUCCAGCCCAUGACAAUGAUACAUGCACCGAGAUGAGGACUGAAUCUUGCAAGCGAUUUGAGGAAAAUCUAGCUAGUCGUCAGUUUUCUGAUUGAAAAUAGGUUUUGACUGAAUUUUCAGAAACUCAAAAUAAUCUUUUCAUCUCUCACGUUAUGGUAUUAUACUUGAGAACUAAUCUACAUGUGUACACAAUAUUUUCUAUGCUAGACUUAAAAUUGCUCUCAAGCUUAUCAGUAUGAAAGUGUGCCAUGCAUCAAAAAAUGGUUGCAGCUUCUUUACAGGGAAAGAGAGGGUUUAUGGUGGAUGUUCCAAUUUUUAAUGUGUAAUCUGGCUUAUUUUUUGAUCUCCUCAUAGCUUUUCAGAGCAGCAGCAGAUCUUGUAUUCUAUAGAGAAUAAAGUUCCCAAAUUCCUGAUGAACAGCCUACCGAGAGAACAAACAAGCCUGACUGGUAUAAAUGUUCAAUGGAAUGAAGAGCAUCAGUGGACUCACUUAUAGGUUUUGCUGCUGUACCAUGUCAAAUGCCCUCCAAUAUGAUGUGGCAUUGAAUUGGUGAACAUUUUGAGCGUUUAUUAGUCUGUUUAAGUAUUUGGAGAAAUUAGAUUCCUUAUUGAAAAGCCUUCUGUUGGCAUCUAUAAGAAACGUAUUGUAAUUUGUCACAAUAUGACAAUUUCUUCUUUCAAUUAUUCUGACAUACUGAGUAGCAUAA